ACAACUUGUUCUUGCCGCUGUCGGACGUAAAACACUAGCCUCUGCGAAUUUCCUUUGUUCUUUUUCCCCUUGUCGGGGCCGUGUUAAAAAUCGGUUGCAAUGUCGAAAUAUCGCCGAAACGCCGUCGUUAUUGACUACAACGUCUUGCCGGUGAGAACGGACAUCGAAUCAGUUUCGAAAUUCAUCAUCAACAACCUCGAACUGGACCUUAAAAAAGUUAACAACAUCCAACUCAACAACUCUCGAAACCACGUCAUCAUCGAGCUAGGAUCGCCGGAGGAAGCAUGGGAUCUAGCCGAACAGCACAACCUCCGGCAUAAGGUCGAGGGGGAAUUAGCCUAUGUGGUAUACAACCAGCAAGUUAAAACUUGCCGCCAUUGUGGAAAACCACUUCACCAGGGAAAGAAAUGUGCCGAAAGUUCAACGAUUUCACCAACAACAACAACAACAACAACACCAGCACAACCACCACCAACAACAACAAAACCAUCACAAACACUAUCAGCACCAUCACCAUCAGCAACAGAAACAGCACCAGAUAAAACACCACCUAAAAUAGCAACAACAACAAUCGAGCCAACGACCUCGGACGAUGAGCACCACACAAAACCAACAGAAUCUGAUCAAACAAACUUCCAGUCCAAUCUAAUGGAUAUUUCGAGCCAAACAUUUCAUUAG